GCUCAGUUCCGUGUUCCAGCUGCAUUUAAGUUCUGCAGCAUUUCCUCCUCCAGCUUCUGCUCUACUCUACUGUGUCUGUCUGGCUGCAGGAGACCGUGUCUGCCACCAUGUCCGAUCAGGGAACCUUCGACACCAACGUGGUGACCGUGACCCGGUUCGUGAUGGAGGAGGGCAAGAGGGCGAAGGGCACGGGUGAGCUGACCACCCUGCUGAACUCGCUGUGCACGGCGGUCAAAGCCAUCUCCAGCGCCGUGCGUAAAGCUGGGAUCGCCCACCUGUAUGGCAUCGCGGGCAGCACUAAUGUGACAGGCGACCAGGUGAAGAAGCUGGACAUUCUGUCCAAUGAUCUGGUCAUCAACAUGCUCAAGUCUUCCUUCAGCUCCUGUGUGUUGGUGUCUGAAGAGAAUGAAAAAGCCAUCAUUGUGGAGCCGGAGGCCAGGGGAAAAUACAUCGUGUGCUUUGAUCCAUUGGAUGGCUCAUCUAACAUUGACUGUCUCGUAUCCAUUGGUACCAUUUUUGCCAUCUACAAAAAGACCACAGAUACUGAGCCUUGUGAGAAGGACGCACUGCAGCCUGGGAGGAGCCUUGUGGCAGCGGGUUAUGCCCUUUAUGGCAGCGCCACCAUGAUGGUGCUGUCCACGGGCCAGGGAGUCAACUGCUUCAUGCUGGACCCGGCCAUUGGUGAGUUUAUCCUGGUUGACCGUGAUGUGAGGAUCAAGAAGAAAGGAAAGAUCUACAGCUUGAAUGAAGGCUAUUCACUAUACUUUGAGCCUGCUGUCAUAGAGUAUCUGCAGAAGAAGAAGCUCCCUCAGGAUGGCAGUGAACCCUACAACGCCCGCUAUAUUGGCUCCAUGGUGGCAGACGUUCACAGAACACUGAUGUAUGGAGGCAUCUUUUUAUACCCAGGAAAUGUGAAGAGCCCCCAAGGGAAGUUGCGACUGCUGUAUGAAGGCAACCCCAUGGCCUACAUCAUGGAGCAGGCAGGCGGCCUGGCCAGCACCGGCUUCGAGGAUAUCUUAGACAUCCAGCCCACAAGCAUCCAUCAGCGAGCCCCGGUGGCCAUGGGCUCUCCUGAUGAUGUACUGGAGUAUAUCGCCAUCUGCAAGAAGCACGCCAAGAAGUGAGACUGUACCAACUCACCAACUACCACUGUACGACGAAAGCCAUGUAUCUCUAAACCUUCAUCUUUUCAGGGACUGAGGAAGACAGUUAGCCUCUUUUAUUAUUUUUUGUCAGAUGUGAAAAGGUCCUGAACCUAAAAAUCCACUCAUUGAAUGACUGCAUUUGGAGUUACAAGGCUUUCAUAUUACUACAUCAGCCGUAUUUAUGGUCAGUUUGUUGAAAGCAGGUAUAUAGAAAAAAUGUACUGGCUCAGUGAACCAAUACAAUUCCUCCAUAAGCUCAACAGACAACAUGCACAGACUGCACAAAAAACUACCAAAGACCAAAGAUGUGCCAAACAGAGACCAAUGUUCUUGGUUAACCUUAACUAAAGGUUUUCAGUUUACCUCUAGUUGUGCCUUAACAAGAAUAACCAGACAAUCCAGAAAAGUGAAGGACCAAAUACAAAUGUUAUGCAAUAAUACUUGAUGCCUCAUUAUGUGAACUACUACUGCUCGGUAUGAUGAAGACUCAAUAAAUCCAAAUAAUUUUAAGACGACUCA